GUCGGAGGCGAAUAUCUUCCUGAGGCAGGACGAGUGUGGGACACGUCUCACGAGACAUGAGAUUGUGUAGGACGUGAGCAGUGGCAACAUACAGGGAAUGGCGAAUGCUUAAAAUAAUAUUCUUCCGAAAUAUGACAUAAUAUGCAACUGUCAUAUUAUAUGACCAAAAUACACCAUUACAUGGCACACAAAAUACUGUUGAUUUAUGUCGUUGUGAUUUGUAAAGUGUAGAGAAAUGUUGGGAUAUCUGUUGAACGCAUUCAAAAAAUAUGCGUAAACUAUUGGGGCCUAGUCAUCACCCUUUACCUAUCCCACCCUAAUGCACCCGGAUACACCCUAAUCCAUAUCCUUCCUUCCUUGUUGAACAGGCUAUGGUAUACAGUUCAUUACCUACCAACUUUCCAGCUCGCUAAAUGGUUAUCUUCUGACAACAUUGUUAUUUCUAGCCUAUCAGAUAGUAGUGUAAAACAACUUUUGUUGUGUAGGCCCUUGUGUACCUUUAUAAGAUGCUAUUCAUUGGUGUAUGAAUGUUUCUAACUGUUGGCAAUCUGAUGAGUGUGUUGUGAAAUUGUCUCUGCUGAAUUGAGGGGGAUUCUGGGCCCAGUCGAGCUGUUUUGCUUUUUUGCACAGAUUUCCUCACAACUUGAGUGUAUAAUGAAGUUAUCUACCUAUGUACAUCUUCUAAUGUCAUGUGCUGAGUCUAGGAAGUGUUGAAAUAGAAGUACAUACCAUAUUUCUCUCUUAACAACAAACAAUGUCUACACAGAAUUUUGCCUAGAACCUCUCAUGGGCAGCCCAUCAGUCUUUCUGGGAACUUGCGCAGACAUGGCUGGCCCUCCGAGAAACAGACAGCACACGGCCUUACCUCGCACUAGGGAAGAGAUACAUGUGCAUUUGAGUCAUCAAGUUGCAGCUCUUCGGAUCCACAACUACAAGAAAUGCAGCUCUCACCAGAGUUCAGUGGUCAGCUCAUGAGGGUAAAAUCAGAACCACCUGAUGCUGCAUGCCUGCAAGAACAGGGCCAGGUCCAGCAACAGCACUGCAGCGAGUAUCCAUUGGGAGAGAUUACAGCUGGGAUGUGCCAUAUUAAAAAAGAACCUCUAGACAACUCUUCAAGUGAACAGCUGAUCAUAGAAGUGAAAACGGAGCCUUACAACACUGCAAUCUUGGCAGAACAGGACCGAAUGAGACACAGGCAUGACUCAGCAUCAGAAGGAGCACGAGAAAGCACUCGUAUGCCUUGUACUAAGGACAAGACCAGAGGCACUUGUGAACAAGCAUUUUCAAAUGCACAGCUCAAGAUCAGCACAACAGCAGUUGAACUACAAUUCAACAAUGCUGCACUAGUCACUAUGGAUGGUCGCCCCACGAAACAACCUCCAGACGAGAGCGAGAUUAAGGAGGCAGGCAAAUCCUUGAUAUCCUGCUAUGAGGAAGACAGGUUGUACAAGUGCAACGUUUGUUUGGCUACAUGCAUAAACAUCGGCCACUCGGAAACUCAGCUCCAAAAUCACAAAACGAAGGCCUGCGACACGUGUUGUGCAACAUUCUGUCAUGCAUCAAAUCUCCGUUUACAUGCAAAACGUCACACGGGAGAAGGGUUGCACAAGUGCACAUCAUGUUCAUUUACGUGCAUGUCCAAGGCCAGCCAGAACUGCGAGAUGUUCGUAGAUGGUCAUGAAUUCGAAAACUGCCCCACUACAACUCAGUCGGAUGUUCAGAUGGGAGAGAGGGGUUCUGAGUGCAACCUCAGUCCCACUCCAUUCUCGCAGUCUGGUUGUGACGAGAACCAUGUGUGGAAACACACUGACGAGAGACCAUGCAAGUGCCAUAUCUGUACUGCAGGCUUCAGCCUCAGCACAAGCCUAUGCCAUCACCACCAGACAUGCACAGGUGCAAAGCCAUACAAGUAUGAUCUCUACCCUGCAGAGUUCAGCCGGAGCUCGACUCUGUGGGGUCACCAGCAGAAAUACACAAAUGAGAAGCAACACAAGUGCAAUCGCAGCUCUGCAGAGCUCAGCAUGAGCGCACAUCUGCGGUGUUGCAAGCGGAUGCACAUGAGCGAGCCAUCCUACAAGUGCGGCCAUUGUCCUGCAGAGUUCGGCGUGGACACUGCCCUGCAGAAUCACGAGCAGAUACACACAGGCGAGAAGCUAUACAAGUGCAAUCUCUGCCCUGCAGUGUUCAACCACAGCACAAAGCUGUGGAAUCACAAUAGGAGAUGCACUGGCGAGAAGCCCUACAAGUGCGACCUCUGCCCUGCAGAGUUCAGCCAGAGCACGAACCUGUCAUGUCAUAAGCGAACACACACGGGUGAGAAGCCAUACAAGUGUGAUGUCUGUCCUGCAGAGUUCCGCCAGAUCUCGCACCUGCGGUGUCACAAGCAGUCACAUACGGGGGAGAAGCCAUACCAGUGUGGUAUCUGCCUUGCGGAGUUCAGCCGAAGUACGGGCUUACAGCGUCACAAGAGGAUACACACGGGUGAGAAACCAUACAAGUGCGAUAUCUGCCCUGCAGAGUUCACCAGGAGCGCUGACCUGCAGCGUCACAGGAGAAUACACACGGGUGAGAAGCCAUACAAGUGCGACAUCUGCCUUGCGAAGUUCAGCCGUAGCGCACACCUACAGUGUCACAAGAGGAUACACACGGGCGAGAAGCCAUACAAGUGUGAUCUCUGUCCUGCAGAGUUUAUGCAAAGCACGCACUUGCGGCGUCACAAACUGGCACACAUGAGCAAGCAGUGAUAUAUGACUUGCAGAGUUGAGCCAAUCAGGCCACCGCGUACGUUCGAAUCUCGCAUCGUGGUCAUGAGGCGACGAGAAUGUAUGUCCGACAGAGGAGUGGUCUGUCACUUGUAGCGCCCCCAGAACCAGCAGAAGAGCGCCCUCUAAUUUUGAUCCUAGUUCCCGUAUCUUCCACCAUGCUCAUCAGGAGAGCAGCCACGUCCGUGUUCAGGUUGUUGACACAGUCAGAGCAUUUGUGAAGGACGGUUAGACGUGCAAGUGACACAAGACUCGACACAUGCUCAAACUGAACAAACUAAAUUUACUACACUGUGAAAUAUGAGAACAACUGAAUCAGAGCAAUGCUCACGGGUACACCACCUCAAGAUCACGGUUACCACACAGCUAUGGUUCACUAGCUGACUCAAGUUGCUACACAGGCUCCAACAGAAACAUUUCGCUUUGCCACACAGGCUCUGGUAUAGUUUCUAAAAUAGUUGCCUCACAGGCUCUAGUACACUUUCUAACCAUUCUGCCACACAGACUGUUACACAAAUAUACAAAAAAAAAUCGUGAAGAAAGUCUUAUCUGAGGGGCAGGAACUUGUCCGAGUUGGGGUGGCCCAUGUCGUCUUGAUGUUCCUUGGCACUCCUCGAUGCAUUGCGGUCACACUUCACAAGCAGGCACACAUUUUGAGGUACAGUAAAACCCCGUUAUCUCGAAGUAGAAGAAAAAUAGAAAAAAUUUGAGAUAAGCGUGGAUUCAACAUGGGUGAAUUACCGAAAUAUUCCAUGUAGACGCCACAUAUUGUUCGAUGCUUGCAAUGCUAUUGUGCGCUUGGCAAAAACAAAGCAAAAAGAAAAUGAACGACCAGAGACAUGCCUAAGACACGAAAGUACGCAGCGCACGGCGCUGUGCGGGAAUGGUGCAGCGAUGUUCAAAAUGGGAAGCAGGUGACUACGGGACAAAACAAUUUAUUGCUGUCCAAAUCAAUGGACUCCAAAACAUGACGUUACGCACGUUUCUUUUUGCAUUCAAAGAAAGUCAUCUUCGAGUUUCUUCAUGCACCUCAUGAGCUUUUCGUCCCCAUCACUACAUUCCACCUUGUUACACAGCAAACGUAGCAACUCCCCGGUUUUGGAGGACGGGAUCCCCCAAAGUUCCUCCUCCUAGUUUUCCUCGGUGACGGUAUCCAAAGCUGUACUGACAAUUUCUGCGUCGAUCAUGUCGACAACCACUGGGACAUCUUUUUCAAACGCCGCGUAGUCAUUGAAAAAUAAAUCGUAGUCGUCGUUGCGAAUUUUC